UCAGAUUUUUAUAGAAGUGAACUCCUUUUACAACAAAGGGGGUUGAUGAAUGAGACAGAUAAGAUGCCAUGGAAGUAAAGACUGAGAAAUCAGUUGAUACACAAAUACAUCGUCGAGUGUAAGUGUAUGUACCUAUGUCACGGACAAAAUUGAAAAAUAUAUCCCUAUGAGUCUAUGGUGGUGAAAGUUGGUGAACUGGUGAUGAAAAUGAUCACUCUCCCUCCUCAUCGUCCGAAGACUCUUCGGAUGCAGUCUGUAACCACUCUAUCACAGGUUUGACUACCUUCAGAACCUCCAGCUUUUUGGGCAAAUCGCCUGCGGACGACGAGUAGCGCUUGUGCCACGAGAGAAUGACGCUCUCUUCCAGUAUGUCCCGGUUAUAGAACAGGAGUACGAGUCGGGCCAGGUUUGCGAGGACUGCCCCCUGUUUCUCUGCACAGUCUGCGAGCGUCUCAGCUACGCUCAUCUGGAGACUCUGGUCCCGGAUGUAGUGCUGGAGGAGAGACGUGAAGAAAUUCACGGCCGACUUGAUGUAGGUCAUUGUGUCUGGUUGUGAUUGUAGGUUCCCUGUCGGGGCUCCAGUGGAUGAGGGCGUGGUGGAACGACGCGGCCCUUCCAUUAUUGCCCUAACGAUGGCGAGGGGCACGUCGUGGAUGGGGAUGUUGUAGGCGUGUUUCGCGGCGUUGAUCAUCAGAAUGGUAUUGUCGGUGUUGACUUUCUCGGCCAGUCCGGAGCGAAUGAGGUCGAUGAUCUCGUUGUAGAAGAGGAGAUUGUCUAAGUCGGCUCCCUCCGAGAACUGGUGGGAGGGCUGGGCGGGGCCGGGGGAGGAGUCUCGGGAGCUCCCAGAGCUGCUCUCUCCACCGCUGGACUCUGCCUCAUCAGCCGGCCACUCCUCCACCGCAAACUGCUCCGAUUCCUCGUCUUCUUCCACUGUUGUUGGUGGGUGCCAGAGGAAGCCACGCCCCUCCCGACCCACCUCGGUCGGGUUGCUGUCCUCUGUGGGACUCUUCUGGGUGACCUCCGCGACCUUUACCCCCUCAUCCCCCCACUCCCCCUCGUCAUCUCCGGGGACACCCGAGUCUCUACUAGUCGUUAUCUUAGACCCUCUCUUCACCGUAAACUGUGGACCUACGAUUACACCAUAGGACAGCACACAUCCUGCCUCCACCACCACGUUGGACUUGACGUACACACUAUCGCAGAGAAUGGAGCGGUACACCUUUGAGCCUCGCUCUAUGACGCAGUUGUCCCAUAUGUAAGCACCCUCUAUGACCACAUUGUCUCCUAUCCUGCAAUUGUGCCCUAUAGACGACUGCGUGAUGUGCGUGCUCACCCCGACGGAAGUAUUCCGACCGAUGACUACGUCCUCGUGCAGCUCGCACCCAAAUGCCAGCGACACAUUUGUGUUGAGGUAUAUGUUACGUCGCCCGUACGAACAUGCCUCGUCUGUGUUAUCCGGGACCAGGGGGUAUACCCAGCGAUGGAUGACGUCUUUGCUGAUGGCGUCGUACGUGCUGAAAUUGCAGACGCGUGCAGCGUACUGGUCGGAGAUGACGUGUGUGUAGAUGUGGUUCCCGAGGAUGUCCUCGUUCAUGAGGAUGCCCCUGAUGAAAUGAUGUCGUGUCUGGUAGUCAAAGUUGUCCGAAAACAACUGGGGGACCGUUGGGGAACAGAUGCUGAUGUGGCAGUCCAGGAGGUCGUAGCGGACCUCUAUCUCGCGGUGGUCAUCAAGCAGACUCAGAGGGAUGUUCAGUCGACGCUGUUUCCUCGGUUUCUCGCAGUGAAGCAGCUGACCGUCGGCGGAGUUGGUGCAGAUUAGAAUAUCGUCUUCGGUGCUGCGGGUGCGGUGUUUCGGCUGGGCCUUCUUGUAGACGCAGGUCAUGACCAGCAUCUUGUCUUUCUUCUUGAGCUCCCUGUGCCUCUGUACCACCUCCUGGAGCUGCAUAUUGGACACAAGGUCUCCUGAGACCAGGACAAAAUCCGUGCGGACGAGGGAUUGAGCAUCGAUAUCCCUCAGAGCGUCGCCCACGGAAGGGCAAGCCUCGGAUUUGAUGAUACGGAGUUUGACCGGCGAGGUGGGUUUCAUCCAGUGAGACGCUCCAGGUGAGCUCGUACGGCCUCCGCACGCGUGCAGCAGUAGACGAAGAUCUCCUGGACUCCGGCCACGGCCAGGAACUCCACCGUGUAAUCGAUGAGCGGGCGGUUCACCAGUGGGAGGAGGGCUCGCGGCUGCUCGAUUGUGACGGGAAGAAAGCGGUAGUUGAAGCUGUCGGCGAUGACAACCGCCUGAAUGGCGUCCUCCGCCGCCUCGACUCUGUCGCUGCUCAUGGCUGCAGUUUCCCGCGCCCACCAGUGCACGAAGGCGCAGUGCUGGAGGUCCGCCUAUGUAGCCAUCGAGGAGUGGAUAUUGGAGGCUUGAGCUGAGCCCUGUCGCUGGAAGACGGAGAGCUGCAGUAGAGCACACGUUGCUACAGUUGCAUGUGAUAGUCGCGUGAUUAGAGGUCAAAGAUCACAAAAAUCGAGCGAAAUUUGGAUGCAGGAUGGAGAGGAUGGAAGAGAAGCAUCGUCUUGUAAGGGAGUGGCUGGAGAGUGUGUUUGCCGGGGAGGAGGUCCCAGAGUAUGAGAUAACUCCGGGGACAGUGGAGGAGCUGUGGCAGCUGGCCACUGCCUCCAGGGAGAAGGAGAGGAGGUUGAAGACCAUAGUUGAAGACACGGAGCAAAAGGCACAUGAGUAUGAAGCAGAGAGUGAGAGGUUGGAGAGAGUGGUGGAGUGGGUGGGUGUGGGGAUGUCAGACCUCUCAGAGUCAGCCACCAGGUGUGUCCAGACAAAUCGCUAUGAAACUACACUAUUAAUGCCUGUUCCCUCCAGCCUCUGUCUGGCUCUGAGUGAGCUGUUGGAGAGACAGGCAGCCGUGUCAGUGAGGGAGGGAGAGGUGGAGAGGGAGAGGGAGAGGAGGGAGGAGGAACUAAGACACUCAGUCGUCACACAGGCCACCCAGAAACAGGCCCUGACAGAGUUCUCACAGCAGCUCAGCUCUGAUACCAAGUCUGUCACCAACCAGAAGAAGAGUGCCGAGUUCUUUGCCAAGAAAUCAAACCAGUACCAGAAACUCAUCUCCUCCAUGAAGGCAGAGCUUCAACAGGCUGGCUACACUGACAAUCUCAGUCAUGCAGCUCUACUACAGACAGCAAGGAGAUACAGGAUUUGGAGUCACAACUUGAGCCUCUCAAGACACAGCUCUCCAGCUUCCAGGGACUGCCACCUGUAUGUCUCCAUGUUACUACCUAAUUUGUAACACACGUGCACAAAACGUCAUCUUGCGUGUCUUGUGUUUGGGCAUGCAGGAUCUUGAUCUGGCCAAAGUAAAGGUGGAGGGAGCAAAGAGACAACUCGUACGACUGGAAGUAGAGCUGUCGCGAUGUCUGGAUCUGGUGCAUACUGAGAAAUGAACACACGUUUCAUGAUCACUGACUAGCAAUGUGGUCUAUAAAUAAUUAUCUAUGCAUAUUUGUCACAACAAUGAAAAGCACUAAAGUGCAAACCCUCAGAUCUGACUG